AUGUCCGAAACAUUGGCCAGUGCACAGCUCUCACCUGCGACACUCAUUGCUACGCCUGACAGUGCGAACAAGGCAAAACUGCGCUCGUACCUGAACCACCGUAUGAAGGUCGCGUGCAGCGAUGGAAGGCAGUUUGUCGGAAUCUUCAAAUGCGUCGACUAUGGACAGAACCUGAUUUUAGCCGAUACCACCGAGCAUCGUAACGGUAAAGAAUAG